AUGACGCCACUCAAUCCGGUCCUCCUGACCCUCACCCUCCUCCUCUUCUCCGCCCUCGCCCUCGCCCUCUCCAACCUCUCACCCGGCUGCGCCAACCCCCAACCGCCAGACUCUCCCACUCCAGGCACCCCCUCAACCCACCAAACCAUCGACGUCCCAUCGGCCGGCGGCCUACGCACCUACCUCCUCUCCCUUCCCCUCAACCCCUCCCAUGCCCCCUCCCCCCUCAUCCUCGCCUUCCACGGCAAGGGCCAAACCGCGUCCCAAUUCGAGACCCAAACCCAACUCACGGACCCGGAAUUCCGCCUCCGAGGAUCAAUCGUCGCGUUCCCCCAAGGCGUCCACGGGCAAUGGCUCGGGGACCCCACGUCCCCGCCCAGGAGUGAACGCGACGACAUUGCUUUCGCGAGGGCGCUGUUGAAACAGUUGAUGCAGGAAUGGUGUGUAGAUCUCACGAGGGUCUACCUGGUCGGCUUCUCGAACGGUGGCGGCCUGACGCAUCUACUGGCGUGCGAUCCCGAGGUCUCCGCGCAAGUCGCAGCGGCUGCCAUCGUGAGCGGGGCGUUCUACAAAGACCGUUCCCUCAAAGGCGACGGGCCGUUAUUUGGAACCUGCAACAAGGGAGAGGCCCCGUUGCCGAUACUCGAAAUGCACGGCGGUGCCGAUCCGGUGAUACACUACGAUGGGAAGAGUACGCCGGACGGAGAGACAUAUCCGCUUACGGAGUGGCUCGGGGACUGGAGGGAAAGGAAUGGCUGCGCUGGGGCACAGUCCGAACUGAAACGCGAUAUACAUGAUGGCAGUGUGCAGAAGACGGAAUGGUGGUGUGGCAUCGGGAAGCAAGGGGCGAAGGAUGUGGUGGUGCAUUAUUAUAUCAGGGGAUUUGGACAUGGGUGGCCGAGUACGAAGGGGCAGGAUGAUGAUGGGCAGAGGUAUGGGCCGGUGGGGUGGAACGGGACGAGUGAUAUUGUGGGAUUUUUGGCGGGGAAGUGGCUGGGGGGUGGGGAAGUGAUGGAGGGGACGAGGGAUGAGUUGUAG